AUGUCUACAACUUGGCCGAAGCUACUGCUCACAGCAUUGCUCUUGGGCCAAUGCCAAAGUCAGUCCAAGAACGAUGCUCUGCAUGUGUUUGCCCCGCUGCCGCUUUCACCAACAAGUCACGAAGCCAGCAAAGUCAACAAUGUCACGCUGACUCCGCCAGGACCCAUCACCCAAGGACGGGAGCUGGAACAGCAGCUAGAGCUGGAGCUGGAGCUGCAGCUGGCACAGGAAGACCCACUGACACCACAUGCUGGUUCAUUGUCGCAGCGCAAACUCUCGAGAGGCAAACGCUUUGUGGCCUUUCCCGUGGGUUCAUCGGCUUCGGCUGCUGUCUGUCUGACCACCGGUGUUAUCGGCAACCCCAACUUGCUGUAUCUCAGUUUGGGCAUCAAUUGGGGCGUUGCCUGGGACCUGCCCAAUGUCACAUGGGUACUGCAGAAUGCCCAUGGCUGGACCACAAAGAAAUCGGCCCAAGCGCAAAUCAAACGCAGACAUCGACGUGAGCUCUACAGUCGACUGGAGACAAUGAUAGACAGCCAUGAUUUAUGGCCGCCGCCAACAUUGAUGACUAUGAUGGAACGUGCAGCAGACACGGCAGACAACCCGACUCCAUCCAGCAGCAACAGCAGCAGCAACAGCAGCAGCCCAUCCUCUCAGCUGUUGCAGCACCAACGCUGGCGGCGAGCACUCAGUCGUCCGAAGCGUUAUCUCAGCUUUCCCGAGGGCUCCUCCUUUUCCGUUGCUGUCUGCUUCACGGUGGGCCUCAUCGGUAAUCCCUACUAUGCAUACAACAGUUUCGGCAUCAACUGGGGCGUGGCCUACGAUUUGCCCAACACCACAUGGGUGUUGCAAAAUUUGCAUGGCUUCGCCACGCAUCCCGUGUCACCGGCUGUCCUGAGACGACGCUCCCGUAGCAUCAUCUAUCAGAAGAUUGAGACAAUUGUGGAUAACAUGGGCUACAAUGGCCGUGAUUGCGUCUUGCGUACCCUCUGCGAGAGCCGUCAGUACUUUCAGCGCACAAAGCUGAACAUGGUCGGCGAGAUGCUGCGCACGAUAUUCAGCUUACCGAAGCAGAGAAUAUUCACACGGGAACUGCAUGAGAACUCGGAUAUUGUGCACUAUGAUAAGGCAUAUCGGCAGGCCCAUAACGAUGACUGCGCCGCCCAGUACGACUGUCACUUUUCGCUACUGGAAUUGGCCUUUGGCAAAUACACAACGCCACCGAAAAAUUAUUAUGCCCAAUAA